ACAUCGCGUAGGACAUUCUGGGGAUCAUAUCUAAUAGAAGUAGCUGGGGUUGGUCACAGUUGGUAGGUGAUCUACUGAGAACAGUUGCUUCCUCCCGAGGUGCAAUUCGAGUAAGACCUCUUCCGGGAUUAGAUAAUGGGUAUUGAUAUCAACCAUAAGUGGGACCGUAAGGUCAGGCGUACCGAACCAAAGUCACAGGAUGUGUACCUGAGAUUACUCGUGAAGCUAUAUCGCUUCUUGACCAGAAGGACUAAAUCCAAGUUCAACAAGAUAAUAUUGAAGAGACUGUUUAUGUCCAAGAUCAACAGGCCUCCAAUAUCACUUGCCAGAGUUGUACACCUAAUGAAAGAUCCCGAGCGUGCUAAUCUUAUAGCAGUUAUUGUUGGCACCAUCACUGAUGAUCAGAGAAUCUUUGAAGUCCCAAAGUUAACUGUGUGUGCUCUCCGUGUUACUGAAAGGGCUCGAGCACGCAUCCUGAAGGCAGGUGGUGAGAUCAUCACCUUUGAUCAGCUUGCACUCAGGGCACCAACAGGAAAAAAGACUGUACUCAUUCAAGGACGUCGUAAUGCUCGAGAAGCCGUAAAACACUUUGGACUUGCUCCUGGUGUGCCACAUAGCCACACAAAACCUUAUGUUCGAUCCAAGGGCCGUAAGUUUGAGCGAGCUCGAGGACGUAGGCGCAGUUGUGGUUAUAAGAAGUAAUGUAACUCUUUUCAAAAUUAAACCUGAAUUUCUCUUGAUAUUUGUAUCAGUAUGAAACAAUAAAGGAGUUAUAGUUAACUCAAA